AUGGGCGACGUGGUUGCUGCGGUAGAGGACCUACUGCACUUGGUGGGUGUAGCAGCUACAACGUAUGACAACAAGGCAGAGUGCUUUGGUAGUGGAGGAUGGAUGAUUCGCAAGAGACCAAGGCGGCAGGCUAUUGAUGUCAUGGUGGGCAUUCUCAACGCAUCAAUGGCAGCAGGCAGCGCAAGCUUGAAGUGCACGCAGGUCCACGGCUGGGCGAAGUGA